AUUCUUCAAACCAAUUCACUACUUAUCUUCUCUCUAAGUCUCAACAAAGCUUCAACUAAUUAUUCUUCAUCUACUUAAAAGAGACCACUGGUUGAUUCUCAUAUAUAUAUUUGCAUCUUUCUUGGAUUCUCGGAUUCUCCUUCUUUGAAUCUUGAAGUUUCCCAAAAUAAACAAAUGGAAGAAAUUCAAGUACCUCCUUAUUUUAUUUGUCCAAUUUCUCUAGAGAUGAUGAAAGACCCCGUUACGAUCUCAACCGGAAUAACAUAUGAUCGAGAAAACAUCGAAAAAUGGAUAUUUUCCAACAAGAAUAACACUUGCCCGGCCACCAAACAGUCCCUCACAGGCAUAGAGUUGACCCCAAACGUCACUCUCCGACGAUUAAUCCAAUCGUGGUGCACUCUCAACGCUUCCCAUGGUAUCGAACGGUUCCCUACUCCGAGGCCUCCGGUCAACAAACCCCAAAUCAUAAAGCUCCUCAAAGAAGCGAAAUCGUCUAAAAUGCAAAUGAAAUCCCUCAAGACCCUAAAAUCCAUCGCCUCUGAGAACGACGCUAACAAACGCUGCAUGGAAUCUGCGGGAGCAACAGAGUUUUUGGCUUCUAUUAUAAAUAAUACGAAUGAAGUGUCAGACGAAGAGGGCUUUACUAGUACUCAAGACGAAGCACUAAGCAUCCUUUACCAACUCAAAUUAUCCGAACAUGGAUUGAGGUCACUCAUCACGAGUGGAAGCAGCGAGUUCAUCGAGUCAUUGACACGUGUCAUGCAACGAGGGAGCUACGAGUCUAGGGCUUACGCGGUGAUGCUAAUGAAAGACAUGUUCGAAGCAUCCACACCAACUCUAAUUUUUAGCUUGAAGCAAGAAUUCUUCAUCCAAGUGGUUCAAGUCUUGAGGGAUGAGAUCUCUCAAAAGGCGACUAAAGCAUCAUUGCAAGUUCUAGUGCACACGUGUCCGUUUGGGAGGAACAAAGUGAAAGCAGCUGAGGCAGGAGCUGUUAGGGUUUUGGUGGAUCUUCUACUCGAUUCAUCGGAGAAAAGGGCUUGUGAAUUGAUGCUAAUUUUGCUGGAUCAAAUUUGUCAGAGUGCCGAAGGGAGAGCUGAACUAUUGAAGCAUGCCGGAGGAUUAGCCAUACUUUCCAAGAAAAUCCUUAGGGUUUCUAAAGUGGGGAGUGAAAGGGCUAUCAAGAUUUUGCAUUCAAUCUCAAAGUUUUCAGCAACACCAAGUGUUGUUCAAGAGAUGUUGAGUUUGGGUGUGGUGGCAAAGCUUUGUUUGGUGCUUCAAGUUGAUUGUGGAAGUAAGGCUAAGGAUAGAGCUAGAGAAAUUCUCAAAUUUCAUGCAAAGGCAUGGAGGAGUUCUCCUUGUAUACCUAUGAAUUUAUAAUCUUCGUAUCCAUUUUAAGAAUUAGGCUCAAAAGAGCAAACAAUUGUUAGAUAGAAAUAGUAAACACAAGAACAAAAAAUACAGUGGAUUGAUUUUUGUGUACAUAAUUUAUUCUUUUCAGAAAAAUAGAAAAAAAGGGACAAAAUAGUCCAUGAAUUUAAUGUUCA